AUGCAAAGACGCACAGCAUUGGGGCACUCUGCAGUGGGAAACGCGUCCCCACCAACUGGAAGGCCACGAGGUCUUAUCUGCAGGCGCAAUGCGCGUGCGGGGGCGGUGCCAGAAGACACGCCAGUGACUUUGCGCCAUGCGCCCGGAGGCACGAGUGGAGAAGCGGCCGCAAAACAACAGUGCGACCACCGGCACGGUGCCGCAGCUGCCGCCUCAGAAAUCACUGCCUCCGCCCUGCGUUUGCAGCCUCAUCCCAGUGGGGCGCUGUGCAAGCGGGUGCAGCGCCCCUCACCCCACCCCAUUGGCAUUCCGCACUUCCUCCUGCUUCGUCUCU